AUGCCUGCUAUCCAGAACGCCACCGUCCAGGCCAAGCCUGCCGACUACGUCGCCGCUGACGAGAACGUCACAGUUAACCCGGGCAAGAAGUUCUCCGGCUACCAGGCUUGCACCGUCAUGACUUUUAUCGAAGGUUACUUUAAAUUUGUUGAGACCAGUACACCAGGCCAUCUAAAAGCUCAAUUGCAUUGCUGGGAGCAUCUUGUUACCGAAAUGGAAUCCCAGAAGAGUAGACUGCGAAAGCAGUCCAAAAUUUCUCGCAAUGCGCCUUCAAAGGUGUCGUCGCAUGCUGGCGAACAUUCCAGCGAAAACGAAGACAGCGCUCUCAAGUUCGCCCUUGAUGGAAUUGACGACAGUGACACGUCUGAAUCGUCUAUCGAGCUAGAGAAGCGCCUACCUAAGAGCACGAGGUCCACACAAUCGAAGGCGGUCCCUUCAGCAGAUGAUAUUGAAGAUGAAGACGACGACGACGACGAAGAAGAAGACGAAGAAGAAGAUAUCCCCGUUUCAGACCUCGAAGAUCUAGACGAGGAAGAUCGGGAAGACAUGAUCCCGCAUACCCGCCUCACCAUAAAUAACACGUCUGCCCUUCUUGCGGCUCUUGAGCGCAUAGCUAUCCCUACGGAUAAGAGCGUGCCGUUCGCAACGCAUCAAAUUAUUGUAUCUUCCGCAAAGACAGCCGAAUCAAUCCCGGAUGUGUCGGACGACCUUCAGCGAGAGCUUGCCUUCUAUACCCAGUGCCUCGACGCCGCUCGCCAGGGCAGAAGCAAACUCCUUGCCGAGGGCGUGCCAUUUUCCCGACCAAAGGACUACUUCGCCGAAAUGGUCAAAGAGGAUGCGCACAUGGAAAAGGUCAAGGCGAAGCUGAUCGAGGAAGCCUCUGCAAAGAAGGCCUCCGCUGAAGCUAGAAAGCUGCGCGACCUGAAGAAGUUCGGCAAGCAAGUCCAAGUUGCCAAGCUGCAAGAGCGCCAAAGGGCUAAGCGCGAAACCCUCGAAAAGAUCAAGACAUUGAAGAGGAAACGUCAAGAAUCCGGCGGUGACCUCGGCACCAAAGAAGGUGAUUUGUUCGACGUUGCAGUUGAUGACGAGAUCUCCAAGCAUUCGCAGCGAUCUAAUGCCGGGCGUCCGUCCUCGGGAUCAAACACAAAGCGCCAAAAGAAGAACGAGAAGUUUGGCUUUGGUGGUAAAAAGAAGCACAUCAAGUCUGGUGAUGCGAUGAGCUCGGGCGACCUGAGUGGCUUCAACCCUAAGAGAAUGAAGGCUGGCAGCAAGAACAAGAAGACGAGCCGCCCUGGGAAGAGCAGAAGAAAGGCCAUGUCGAGCAAAUAA